GAAAGUAACAAAGUGCCAUCUUGCAGACGAUAACGGCGUGCCAUAUUAACACUUAACAGUUUUAUAUAAGCGCAGAGUUCAGUAAUAAAAUGUUAAGUGUGCGAAAUAUCACAAAAUUUGCAAAUCGUACCAAACUAUUGGCAGCUGCUGGUAGUCAAAGUGUUUGCUUUAAACAUACGUUACCUGAUCUUCCCUAUGAUUAUGGAGCUCUUGAACCAAUUAUAUCUGCCGAGAUUAUGCGAUUACAUCACCAGAAACACCAUGCUGCAUAUGUUAAUAAUUUAAAUAUUGCCGAAGAGAAAUUAGCAGAAGCUCAAGCUAAAAGUUUAAUUCCACUGUUUGGAAUUGAUGUAUGGGAGCAUGCUUAUUAUCUUCAGUACAAAAAUGUUCGUCCCGAUUAUGUAAAAGCAAUUUGGAAUGUUGUCAACUGGAAAGACGUUGCACAGAGAUACCAAGAAUUAGGUGAUCUGCUGAAUGCAAUUAAGCAAUGUUUUGGAAGUUUGGAAGAAUUGAAAACACAAAUGUCUGCUGCUGCGGUCGGAGUCCAAGGAUCAGGUUGGGCUUGGCUAGGUUGUUGCCCAAAAACUCGUUAUUUGCAAAUUGCUACUUGUGCUAAUCAGGAUCCUUUACAAGCUACAAGAGGUUUAAUUCCACUGUUUGGAAUUGAUGUAUGGGAGCAUGCUUAUUAUCUUCAGUACAAAAAUGUUCGUCCCGAUUAUGUAAAAGCAAUUUGGAAUGUUGUCAACUGGAAAGACGUUGCACAGAGAUACCAAGAAGUGAAAAAAUGAAGUAGUUGGGUUACUAUGUCAUUUGUGACAAUAAAUGUUUAGAUUAAAAUUAUUCAUUUUUGCAAAAUAGGAUGCUUUGUAAAACUGAUUUUGAAUACACUGAAUGAAAAUUGUUUUGAAUAUAUUGUUGAAAAUAAAGACUUUGUAGUCAGUUGAAUAUAAUUAGAUUACUUUUUGAAAAUGAAUAAUAAUUUCCGGAUUUCUAGUCAUUUAUCAAAUUAUUUUAAUAUGUAGGAUUAAAAAUAAUUUACCUCAAAAUAUUUUAAGCAAAAAUCAACAUUAAACAUCCAUCUAAUCAAUUAAUGAACAUUAAUAAUUGAUUUAAAAUUUAUCAAAUUUAAAAUCAAAAUAUCAAGGCAUUUAGGCAUUGCCAAUGUGAUAAAGAAUAAAUUAAAUCUGGGUUUAAAUCUCUAAAAUGUCUAGAUAUUAACUAUAAUAGUAUUUAAUGAUGGUUUUAUAAAAAAAGUCAGUUUUCGAACCAGGAAACAUUUCAUUAUCAGUCAUGCAUUAAGUUAAAUAUGCAUUUAUUUAAAGAAGUUUCCUUGCCUGAAAUUUAAAAUUAUUAAAU